AUGUGUGACGUUGUUUUAGGUGCUCAAUGGGGUGAUGAAGGUAAAGGUAAAUUAGUUGAUUUAUUAUGUGAUGAUAUUGAUGUUUGUGCAAGAUGUCAAGGUGGUAAUAAUGCGGGUCAUACAAUUGUUGUUGGUGAUAAAAAAUAUGAUUUUCAUAUGUUACCUUCGGGUUUAGUAAAUCCAAAUUGUCAAAAUUUAGUUGGUUCUGGUGUUGUUGUUCAUGUACCAUCAUUUUUUGAGGAAUUGAAAAAUAUUGAAAAGAAAGGAUUACAUUGUAGAGAUAGAUUAUUUUUAUCAUCAAGAGCUCAUUUAGUUUUUGAUUUUCAUCAAAGAACUGAUAAAUUAAAAGAAGCUGAAUUGUCAGAAAAUAAAAAAGCAAUAGGUACUACUGGUAAAGGUAUUGGUCCAACUUAUUCAACAAAAGCUUCGAGAUCUGGUAUAAGAGUUCAUCAUUUAGUCAAUGCUGAUCCAAAAUCUUGGGAAGAAUUUAAAAUUAGAUAUAUGAGAUUGAUUGAAUCUAGGAAGAAAAGAUAUGGUGAAUUUGAUUAUGAUUAUGAAGAAGAAUUAAAAAGAUUUGAAAAAUAUAGAGAAGAAUUAAGACCUUUUGUUGUUGAUUCAGUUGUAUUCAUGCAUGAUGCAAUUCAAAAAAAUAAAAAAAUUUUAGUUGAAGGUGCAAAUGCAUUAAUGUUAGAUAUAGAUUUUGGUACAUAUCCUUAUGUUACUUCAUCAUCAACAGGAAUUGGAGGUGUUUUGACUGGUUUGGGUAUUCCUCCAAAAACAAUCAAGAAUAUUUAUGGUGUUGUAAAAGCUUAUACAACUAGAGUUGGGGAAGGUCCAUUUCCAAGUGAACAAUUAAAUGAAAUUGGGGAAACUUUACAAGAUGUUGGAGCUGAAUAUGGUGUUACUACUGGUAGAAAAAGAAGAUGUGGUUGGUUAGAUUUAGUAGUGCUAAAAUAUUCAACAAUGAUUAAUGGAUAUACAUCAUUGAAUAUUACUAAAUUAGAUGUUUUGGAUAAAUUUAAAGAAAUUGAAGUUGCUGUUGCUUAUAAAUUAAAUGGGAAAGAAAUUCCAAGUUUCCCAGAAGAUUUAAAUAAUUUAGCAAAUGUUGAAGUUGUUUAUAAAACAUUUCCUGGUUGGCAACAAGAUAUUACCGGUAUUAAAAAGUAUGAAGAUUUACCUCAAGAAGCAAAAGAUUAUUUAAGUUUUAUAGAAGAGUACUUAAACGUACCAAUUCAAUGGGUUGGUACAGGACCUGCUAGAUCUUCAAUGUUAGAAAAAUAUUAG